CGCGCAAGCGAACACUGAUGGAACCGUGUUCCUGGAACGAGGCCACCGCGGGAUCGUGCCCUGUCCUCUCGUCGAAUCUCGCCAAAUCCCGCCACGUGAUGUCGUCGCGAUGUACUGGUACUAUGGCUCAAUCAGCAGCACAUCCCUGCUCAUCUCGUACUUCUUUGGAAGUGUGGCUCCUCAAAACGGGAUCCCAGAGGGCGUCUAUGAUAUCGACGAUGAGUUUAGUCUCGUCAUUGAGAACGUCACCGCCUCCAAUGAGGGAACCUACUACUUUCAGUUAAAACCGCAUUUGAAAAUGAUAGAAGAGGGGCAGGUGGAAGUCUGUGGCGAGGGUGCUUGCAUCCAAGCGAACACUGAUGGAAUUGUGUUCUUGGAACGAGGCCACCGUGGGAUCAUACCCUGUCCUCUCGUCAAAUAUCGCCAAAUCCCGCCAGGUGACGUCGACGUGAUGAACUGGCACUAUGGCUCAAUCAGUAAAACAUCCAUGCUGAUCAGAAAUUCCUUUGGAAGAGUGACUUCCCAAAACGGGAUCCCAGAGGGCGUCUAUGAUAUCGACAAUGAGUUCAAUCUCGUCAUUGAGAACGUCACCGCCUCCAAUCAGGGAACCUACUACUUUCAGCUGAAACCGCGUUUGAACAGGCAGGUAGAGGCAGGACAGGUUGAAGUUUGUGACAAAGUCUCUCCAGGUCGUCCAUAUCCUACCGUCAUCGGCUGCAAUCAAGACCACGAUGCAGACACGUGCGAGGUGAGAGUACAACACGGCAGCACGGUGUAUAACCUGACCUGCGCCAUGGAGCAGGUCAAACCUGCCGUGCAAUUGAGGUGGAUCCGUCUGUUUUUGGGCGGGAAGACGGAACUCAACGCAUCUACAACAGUCAGGCCUGUAGUUCUACCGGCCUACACGGGGUCGUUAUUGAGAAACAACACCUAUUCAACUUCAGCAUUAGUCCAAUUGGCAGCAGUUGACGAUGAGGAAGUAUACGAGUGUGAGGCAGUGGGUGUUGCUGUAGGAGGCAGUACACGCACGAGGGUUCGCCUCACCAAAACUCACCCCACAACGGCAACUCAUGACACAACUUACAAUGAAGUUCAGUCCUCCAAUAAUCCAGGUGGACUCGUCCAAGCAAACACUGAUGGAACCGUGUUCUUGGAACGCGGCCAACGAGGGAUCGUGCCCUGUCCUCUCGUCAUAUCUCGCCAAAUCUCGCCGGGUGACGUCGACGCGAUGUUCUGGUACUACGGCUCAACGAGAGACACAUCCCUGCUCAUCUCGUACUUCUUGGGAAGAGUGGCUCCCCAAAACGGGAUCCCAGAGGGCGUCUAUGAUAUCGACAAUGAGUUCAGUCUCGUCAUUGAGAACGUCACCGCCUUCAAUGAGGGAACCUACUACUUUCAGGUCAAACCGCGUUUGAAAAUGCUAGACGAAGGAAAGGUGACGGUUCGUGACAAGGUGUACCCGAGUCGUCCAUAUCCUACAGUCAUCGGCUGCAAUCAAGAUCACGACGCAGACACGUGCGAGGUGAGAGUACGACACGACAGCACGGUGCAUAACCUGACCUGCGUCAUGGAGCAGGUCAAACCUGCCAUGGAAUUGAGGUGGAUCCGUCUGUUUCUUGGCGGACAGACGGAACUCAAUGUCUCCACAAUGGUCUGGCCUGUAGUUCUACCGACCUACACGGGGUCGUCUAUGAGAAACAACACUUAUUCAACUUUAGCAUCAGUCCAAGUGACAACAGCUGACGAUGAGGAAGUUUACGAGUGCGAGGCAGUGGGUGUUGCUGUAGGGGACAUUACCCGCACGAGGGUACGCCUCACCAAAACUCACCCCACAACGGCAACACACCCCAAAACGGCAACUCAUGACGCAACGGUAACAUAUGGCACAACGACAACUUACAAUGAAGCUCAGUCCUCCAAUAAUCCAGAUAAAUUUAAAGACGAAACACAAGAAAGAAGAGUUCGCAUCGAAGACGAGGGUUGCGGACUGGGUCAGAUCUCCGGAGUGUAA